GCACCGUGAGGACAAAUCGGUUGUUCUAAUUUCCAAUAUGCUACUGCAUUAGAAUUAGCUUAAAUUUUAAACAAUACUCUAUUCUGCGAUCAGCUACACUAAUUGAUGUUCGAACAAUGCAUUUUACGCAUAACAGUCAUUUAAAAUAUCAAAACCAUUAGGUCGAUCCAAUUGUCAAACAAUCAAAUUCAUCAAAUAUGUCGUUCGAUGGAGUGCAAGCCACAAACUGUGAUGCAACCAAGUGUAAGUAUUCAGCCGUGAAGAUGGGCUACUGGCAUGAUAAUUACAUUCAAUAUUUCGUCACUGGCUAUGAACGAAAAACACCGGAGAUCAAUCGUGGGUAUUAUGCUCGUACCAAAGGAGUGGCAAUGUUCAUGGACAAAUUUCUCAUGAAAACUGGAUCAAAUUGUCAGAUCAUUAAUCUUGGUGCCGGGUUUGACACACUGUAUUGGAGACUGAAAGAGAGUGGAGUUAGAAUAAAUAACUAUAUUGAAAUUGAUUUUCCUUCAGUCACGUCCAAAAAAUGUUUUUUAAUAAAAAAAAAUAAAAUUUUGUUGGACACUAUUGGCACACACGAAGAUGAAAUAAAAUUCAUUGGGCCAGAGUUGCAUUCAAAUGAUUACCACAUAAUCGGCACAGAUCUUAGAAAUCUAACAGAACUGGAUAAGAAAUUAUGUCAAAGUGGCAUUAAUUUUGAAAUACCCACUUUGUUCCUAACUGAAUGUGUUCUUGUUUACAUGGAGCAAGAAAGUUCGUCAAUGUUACUUCAAUGGAUUGCCAAGAAGUUCAACGACAUUUUUUUUAUUAACUAUGAACAAGUAAAUAUGAAUGAUAACUUCGGACGAAUCAUGUUGGACAACUUGCGCAGUAGAGGAUGUCAAUUAGCUGGUGUUGAUGCAUGCUUAAGUCCUCAAACACAAAUAGAUAGGUUUGUAAGAGUUGGUUGGGAUAGUGCACGUAGCUGGAAUAUGAUAAAUAUUUACGAAUACUUGCCAGUUGAUGAUAGAUAUCGCAUGGAAAGAUUAGAAAUGCUUGAUGAACUAGAAUUACUUCAACAACUGUUGCAACAUUAUUGCAUUACAAUUGCGUGGAAAGGAGGUACUAUGGCAGAUGUUGAUCAUUUAUAGCAAUUACAGCGGCAGGUUAUUAACGACAUUGUUCAUAACUUGCAUAUUGGAUGUUAAACAAGUUAACAUCCUUCCACAACCGUUUUCUGAAUGUUACUUCUAAUAGGAUGUACUGUAUAAAUUGCUUAUUCUUGAACAUUUAUCAUUUAAA